GACUGAAAACUAUUGUCAAUGCAUUACUUCGAGCCUCCAAGAUGAUGUUUGAUGUUAUUCUGCUCACAAUAUUUUGUCUGAUGGUAUUUGCCAUGUUUGGGCUGCAGCUUUAUUUGGGUACUUUGAGGCAUAAAUGUGUGCUUGAGGUGAAGGGCUACAAUGAGAACGAUGCAUUGAUGUCGUAUGAUGAAUAUUAUUCUGCUUGGAUUAGAAGCCCAGAAAAUUGGUACGUUGACAACAAUGAUGAAGUCCCUGUUUGUGGAAACAUUACAGGAGCAGGCUUGUGCCCCAUAGGAUAUUUGUGUCUGCCUGAUGUUGGAGAUAACCCAAGAAAUGGCUUUCUCAGUUUUGAUAACUUUGGCUGGGCACUCCUCUCCAGUUUCCAGCUGAUCACCCUAGAUUAUUGGGAAGACAUUUACAAUAAGAUUCUGAAAGCAAACAGACCAUGGGAUAUUGUAUACUUCAUUGUGACAAUAUUUUUUGGAGCAUUUUACUUGAUAAACCUGAUCUUAGCUGUUGUAUCAACAUCAUAUGAGGAGGAAGCUGUUAGCGCUGUCAAGGAAAAAGAACGAGAGAAAAAAGAGAGUGCACGGAAGAAACACAAUGCCAUGUACGAUGUCUCAUACCUACAGAUGAAAGCUAAACUGCAGGCUGCUGCUGCUAUCAUUCAGUCAGGUUCAGACGAAAUAGAUGUCAAUACCAGUGCAGUGGACGGAUUGAGAAUAAUGAUACCUGGAGAAGAAAUGAAUGAGACUUUCAUGCCUACCCAGUUCCGGAGGGUGACACCUGAGGUAAAUAAUAUUUGUUUACUUUUUGUCUUGGGUUUGUUUCUUGAAUUAAGUAAGUUAGAAAAGGUCU